AUGAAGAGGAGUGGGGUCCCCUUAUCGGAUGGUAUUCGCUUCUUAAAACGUCAGUCAGGAGGGUCACCGUUUGUUGGAUUUACUCCUAGGGAUGCAUAUAACAUGAUAUCUUCAGAUUCGGCAAAGCAUUUAGAUGACACUAAUUCUAAUAGUUUGAUUGAGAUAUUUAGAAGGAGACAAAUGGAUGAAUUUGAUUUCUAUUUUGAAUUUGAACUUGAUGAGGAUGCAAGGUUGUGUAACUUUUUCUGGAGGGAUGGUCAAAUGAAGGCUGAUUAUGACUUGUUUGGUGAUUUAGUUGUACAUGAUACAACAUACCGUACAAAUAGGUAUGAUAUGAUAUGUGCCCCUUUUGUAGGCAUGAAUCAUCAUUGCAUGAAUGUGAUGUUUGGUUGUGGGGUUUUACUCAAUGAGAGGAUAGAGUCGUUUGUUUGGUUGUUCAAAGUAUUUGUUCGAUCAAUGGGUGGUAAGCAUCUUCAAACAAUAAUGACUGAUCAGUGUGCUGUCAUGGCUGCUGCAAUCGCACAAGUAUUUUCGAAUUCAAAUCAUAGACUUUGUAUAUGGCACAUCGGGGAGAAUUCGAAGAAGCACAUAAAAAGUCUGAGAAAUAAAAAGGGUUUCUUAGAGCUUUUCAAUUUUCUGUUGAAGUACACUGACACCGAAGCUGAAUUUGAAUUUUAUUGGACCAGGAUGAUGAUAGAAUAUGGGUGCCAUAAAAAUGUGUGGUUAAAUAAGCUAUAUUCUAUUAGGGAGAAAUGGUGUCCUGCAUUUAGUAAAGAAUAUUUCUCUGGUGGUAUUUUAUCAUCUCAAAGGAUUUCUGAGUGGAGAAGUAGGGAAAACGGUGAAAACGUGCGUUGUUCACAAGGGUUGGCACCUAUGGCAAUGAAUCAUGUGAAGCUCCUUUCACAUGCUAGAGACAUAUACACUAUUGAGAUAUAUUAUCUUUUUGAGAAACAGUUUGUGAAAGGGACUUCAUGCCAUCAAGAACCUGUGGGGGGAAGUGGUAAUGAGAUAAAGUAUCAUGUGUGGCGUCCUGACGUUGAUCUCAUUCGUCAUGAAGUGUGUUUCAAAGUGAAUGAUUUGGAUAUAUCUUGUAGCUGCAUGUUGUUUUCAGAGAUGGGUAUUUUAUGCUCCCAUUCUUUACGCAUUUUUAAUGUCCACUGUGUUGCAGCAAUACCGGAUAAGUACAUUAUCAAAAGAUGGACGAAAAAGGGUAUUGAAGAUAGAAUAAUAAGCAGUGAUUGUUCCUCGAAUAUUUUUAGCAUUGCGUCAUCUAUUUGGGUUAUUCAAAUGGGUAGCAAGUUUCAGCAGUUAGUUUUAUCCAGCCAAGCAAAUUGCAAGGCUCGGGAAGUGUGUGAAAAUGCUUUUGAGGAUGCUAGAAGGAAGGUUGAAGGUGAUAUUGGUCCUAUUGUCAUUGAAGAUGGUGAACAACGGACAGCUGGUGUAAUUCAAAAUCCAGCACGUAAUAGGGCGAAAGGUGAACGCAAUAGGAGGCAUAUUAGCACAAUCGAAAAAAAGUAUAACCAAGUGAGAGGGCGGAAGUUGGGUGUCAAGGUUGCUGAAAUGAAUACAAAGGCUGCAGUGCAGGCAUGUGUUGAAGGAGUUGUUGCUAAUAUUGUUGGCAGUGGUUAUUUUGUUCAUCCUUCUAGCGGCAGUCAUGAGUUAGGUUUGGUUAAACCUAGUUGA